CCUACUCCCUCCGCGGCCGCCCUGGCCUAACGGCAGCCCGGGUCUAACGGCCGCCCCGUCUAACGGUAGUCCCCGCAGCCGCGCAGCGCGCCGCACUUCCGGGUUGCUGGCCCCACCCAGCGGCCGUGCGUGCGUGCGUCGUCUCUAUGGUAGCGGCGGAUCCGGAGAGACAAAGCUCCUAGAGACAGGCAAGCCGAUUUGGGGCAGCUGGUAUGAAGUCUAGCUGGCCAGGGGUCGUCGGGGAGCCGAGCGGAGGGAGGAUGUUCCGCCGGGAGCGCUCCAUUCCCCUUCGAGGCUCGGCGGCCGCCCUGUGCAACCACCUCAGUGUGCUGCAGCGGCCGGUCCGCAACCUCACACAUUUUGGCGUAGUCCAUGGACCCGGCGCCCAGCUUCUCAGCGCUGCUCCUGAGGGGGUGCCCUUGGCCCAGCGCCAGCUCCACGCUAAGGAGGGCGCUGGCGUGAGCUCCCCACUUAUCACCCAGGUCCACUGGUGUGUCCUCCCUUUCCGAGUAUUGCUGGUACUCACUUCACAUUGAGGAAUACAGGCAAGAAGAGGACCUUCCUGCCCUCCCCAACUAGAGUCUUCUCAACUUCUCCCCAAGGCCCCUAGACCUUUCCCCCAUUUCCCUCUAAACAU